AUGGAUCCGAUCCUGUCUAUGAUAGAUACUCCUGUGAGCUCUCUAUCCCCAAAUGAGGUGGAUGACCUGAUCACUGGGAGCAAGUUGGCCCUGGCUCCGGCUGAUGCUGACAUCAAGGACGCAAAGCGUCGCAUUGCUGCAGCCAAACCCCGGAAGCCGAAGAAGGGUGCCAAUGAAGAAGCUUUUGAUUCAGGUUCCUCUGUGUCCGGGGAGGAUGAAGGGUAUCCUGAGCGUCUUUGGCCAAAGACCGAACUUCUGACUUUCUUCUUAAGUGUGCCCUUUGGUCCCUUGGACAAGUUAGGUCAGCGUGGGCGCAUGGAACUUCCAAAAUUUUGCCAAGGUACUCCCAACCGCAUUGUCAUGCGCUUUGAUCGGCUACAUGGAAUCAAUUGCAGGGAACCCAGAUCAUCGGGCUUCAUGACCGCAGAUCGAUGUGCUGGCUCGAAUCCUCGCUACAUACUUUCAUCAAAGAUGUUGGAUCAUUUUGGAAGUAAGUCCAAGAAGCACUUGGUCACGACCUUCGAGUUUUCCAAGGCGAUUGGGAAGAACCUGGCGGCCAAGCAUGGCUACGAGUUGGACGCGGGUCAGGUGGCGCUCCUCUACCCCGAACUCGAAGGCCGCGACUCCAGGAACUCUUCGCCUUGGGCCUUUCCAACUUGGUGGGAUCCAUGUGAGGGGCCCAGCGCGAGGUGUCUUGCUCGCCACUUCCGCCUGCCGGCCUGCCUCAUGUCUUUCGAGCUCUUCCGCCCAGUGGCGAACCAGUUCUCCUGCUAUCCUGUGACUGGCAGCUUCUCUCGAUCGGCCUUAAAGCUCAGCCGUGAACAAUGCCACUGGCGCGCAGACGCAGAUGGCGGGGCUCGUUACUGCCCUGGUGAUGCUGUGCCGGUCUUGGUCGGGACCGCGAUCCGGCCGCUGGUUCGGACGGUGAAGCGGAAUAAAGAGGGCCUCGGGCUCAUCGGCUGCAGCCUAUUUGGCUCCCAGAGGGGCACGCAGCAUGAACAGAACAUGCUGCGUGACGGACCCGGUCGACCGGGUGAGCCCGCGACCACGUCUGCGCCGCGCCCAGAGGAUCUAUUUGACGACAAGGUGGUGGUGGAUGCACUUCAAGGCAAGUCGGAGCAGAACCGCAAGGAGUAUGUCUUGAAGAUCCAGGCCAAGGUGUCGGAAGCCCUGCAGGGUGCGAAUACCAAGCGAGAUGUGAUGCAACUCUUAGCCUGCUUAAAGACCUACUGCUUCCACUGCUCUGCCGGGGGCAACACCGCAGCCACAGCGCUGAAGAACGGCCUCACUGCUUUGGGGGCUGUGGCGAUUGGUCUGGACAGCAAUGUGAAAGACUAUUUAGAUGAGAUGAUGAGUUUGUUACUGGGAGACUCCAAUGGCCCGGGCCCUUUCUUGGCCGAGCCCACCCAGUAUGAGCCCACCAGCGAUCAUCGGGUCCGGUAUUUGGCCUGCGAAGCGCUCUUUAACAUUGCCAAAGUGGCCCAUGAGGAGCUGAUGCCUUACUUGGCCCGGAUCUUCGAUGGGCUUUCUCGCCUCGCAGGCGAUGUGGUCCCAGAUGUGCGCCACGCAGCACAGGUGCUGGACCGGCUGCUGAAAGAUAUCACGUCCCAGCAUCAAGAUCGCCUGUGUGUGGCCACCUUCGUGGAUGAAUUGGCCAAGCGCUUGAAGUACAAAAACCCUAUGAUCCGGCAGCUCUGCUUGGGCUGGACCAGCUUAGUCUUGACCAUGGAGAACGUAGACUUGGAGAGUUUUAUCCCCCGAUUUCUGGAAGGGAUCUUCGAAGUGAUGGAGACUCACGACCACAGCCGUGACAGCCGGCAAAAUGCAGAUCACUUGCUGGACAAGUGCUUAGAGAAGGUCAAACAGCUGAAGCCGCCAGAGAAAUUGCGACGCGUCAUCUUCCUCACGGCUCAGCAACUGGCUGGAAGCUGCAAGAAUGGGGACAAGGUCGUGCGCGUUUGCUCUUUAUGCUGGCUCUACGAGUAUCUCAUCCUCACGCCCAACUGGAAGAAGAAUAAGAGGGGUGAGAUAGAGGUCGAGGCCAAUGAAGCGGAGGAGAAGGAGUGGCGCAACGGGUGGUCCAAAAACUUGCCCUUUGUCAUCGAUGGGGUCUAUGAAUGCCUCAAGGACACGGAGCAUGAGGUCACUCAAAUGGCAGUGGACCUCAACAAUUGCCUUCUUGCGAUGUCGGAAAAAUUGGACUGCUUGCCAGUGGAUGAGCUCGUGUCAACGGUGUGUGCUCAGCUCACGCCGCCGAUCGCCCCGGAUGGAAGACCGAAGCGGGAGCAGGAGCAAAGAAAUGUGACGAUACAGACAAUCGCAUGCUUUCAGUGGAUUUGUUUGUUAUUGACGAAUUCGCCACAGAAGAUGUUGGAGAAGAAGACCAUGAAGGAGCUCUUCACACCUGUCUUCAAUUCGCUGACGAGUACAGAUGACGAGGUGGUGAUCGCUGCCCUACGUAUCUUGGCCAAGAUCAUGGAAGCUCAUCCUCCGGAAGCUUUGAGCAUCGCGGAUUUGGCGCCGGAGCCAGAGCUUGACAGCGGCUUGUCGCCCAAAGAGGCUGCUGCUGGGGACCUCUUCACCGACAUGGUCCAGAGGUUGCUGACGAACUUCGCCAACCAACCUGAAUUGUUGGAACGACGUGGUCGCUUGAUGAUACGGCACCUUUGUAAGAACUUGGAUUGCCGUCGGCUUUACAUCACCGUAGCGUGCACCAUCAAAGAGGAGGAGGAUAAGGCCUUCGCACAGAAACUGGUGCAAACCUUCAAUUGGAUUCUCUUGACGGCUGCGGAAACACGUGGCCUCAGGGAAGAGCUUUUAGAAGAGUCUCAAAGUAGCGAGCGGCUCAAGCGUUUGGCAGGCGAGGAGAGUUCGGGUUCGCAAAACACCACCACUCCGCUCUUUUUGGAGCUUUUGGAACCCUGGUUUCACAACCCGGCCAGUGCUUUGGCGCUAUGUUUGUGGUCCCAGCAGUAUGUCUUGGCGAGUGAGCUCACCGGGCGUUUCGCAGCCUUUGAACCCACCUUGGACUUCCUGCAACAGUUGGAUCAGCUGGUGCUUUUGAUUGAGUCGCCCAUUUUCUCUCGGCUUCGUUUACGACUCCUGGAACCCAAGCGGCAUCCGGAGCUGCUGAAGUGCUUGUUGGGCCUGGCGAUGCUGCUACCGCAGGCGGGAGCCUUCCAAGCUCUCCGGGAGCGGAUGCACCUCGUCCAGCGCCUCGGCGGGGGCCAGGUGGCCGUGGCCAUUAGGGCCAUUAGGGCCAGGUGUGGUGGCCAUUUGGUACAAGACAACCCCUGCCCGCUAGAGCGAGGUCAGAUGCCAUUCUUGUGCGGUCCCCUCCUUCAGGGAUCCCCCCUGAUCUAGAGGAGUCCGAACUAACAGACACGGGCGCUUGUUGACAUCGGCAGUCUUAGACCCGCAGGUGCUCUCGGUGCGUGUCGACUCUCCCUUUGAAACCGCGCAUGUUGGUUUUAACAUGUUUCGGUGUCGCGGGCGCUGCGGGUGUUUGACCGCCCGAAGAGUCGGUUUCGAAAGAUUGCCGAAAGAGGCCAUUCGGCAGAUCUAAUGUGGAUGGAGACUAAACUGCAGAUGCUCAUGACACAGCCCUUAAUGGGACACAUGAGCGAUCAAACCAGCAGGGAUUCUCUCAAACCUCGUUUCGACGAUGGGUAAUAAUUCAGCAAGUCUGGUUUCACUCGUCUACAAAACAUCAAAGGCAAAACGAAGGCGGUAGAUAUACUUAUUCAAUGGCUCCGAAUAUCAACAUAGCUAGUCAGCAAAACUGUGGCGUGGUGCCCUGGAGUUGGCACCUGAGAUGUUAUUCGCCUCGUGACCACAGGAGCAGUUUGCUCUUGGAGGCGCGCGAGGAGUCCUCUCCACCUUCCCGUGGAGACUGGUGGGCCUCCGAGUCGAAGAGGGACCCAGAACUGGCAGGUCUCAUGGAGAAGUUCGACCAAAUCUCAGGGUGAAGGACCGAAGAUGCGAAAAAAGACCGAAGAACGGCCGCCACGCUGGUCGUCGCUGUCGAGUGAGUUUGCUUGGCGCCGGUUCGGGGAGUAGCCACACGGACGUCAAGGGGGACGCGGGGGUCCGACGCCAGAUGUGCCC